ACUUGGAAUUCGUUCCAAAAAAGGUUACGUUUCUAUAGAGAGCCAGUUUUCUCAGCAUAAGUGACGCCUUGUAUAAAUAGACCGUUAAUGUCAGCGAAGAGUAUCAUUUGGAUUUUCGUUCUCCAGAAGAUACUUCUCACCCAUUCAACAUGAAAUUCGUAGUUUUGGCUCUUGCUCUUAUCGCUGCUGCUUCAGCUUCACCAAUCCUGCCAUACUUGGGCUAUGGAUACGGUGCUGCUUACACCGGUUAUGCUGCCCCAGCUGUAGCCACCGCCUAUGCUGCUCCAGCCAUCGCUACCUCCGUUGCUGCCCCAAUCAUCGACCCAGUUGUUGCCGCCCCAGUUGUUACCCCAGCUUUGUCAGUCGCUGCCCCAAUUGUUAGGUCCGCUGUUGUCGCUGCCCCAGCUAUUGCCCCAGUCUCCACCGUCUACAACACCAUUGCCGCCCCAGCUGUUAUCGAUGCCUGGAAGAAACGCGCUUAAGAUCCUUUAGAAUGUUUCUUGUUGAAAAAUAAAUUUGGUCGCUGAGAAAGGAA